CUUCAUUGAUAAUAUUCACUCUUAUUCGUCUACGGAUAUGUUUGUUUUUAUUUAUAGAUAAUUCGUAAGACGAUCUCAGUCUCGAUGAUUCAUAAUUUGCAUAGUGUUCUAAGUUAGGUGCUACCCGGGCUACAGUCUCACUGUGAGACCCAAAACAGGAUUACAAAAUGCCUCGCAUUGCAACUUACGUGUUUUUUGACCUGGAGACUACGGGUCUACCGCAUCUGGAGCGUAACAGGACCAAGAUUAUCGAGCUCUGCUUCGUAGCAACAUCGAGGAAGGAGAUAGAAAAAUGUGGAUACAGAGAAAUACCGCCGGUUAGUAAAAUAACUUUAGUUUUCAAUCCGCAGAGACCUAUGCAAUCCAAAGUGGUGGAACUAACCGGAUUCACCAACAAGUUACUUGAACACGCGCCGACUUUUAAACAGAAAACUAAAAGCUUGGUAGCCUUUCUUGAAGAGCUUGAGAAACCGGUGUGUCUGGUCGCACAUAAUGGUAAUAUUUUCGACUAUAAAUUGCUACAAACAGAAUUUAAUGAGGCUGGCGAAACAAUACCAAGAGAUUUGCUAUGUGUAGACUCCAUAAUAGGGUUUAGGAAACUGUUAAAAGGAACAACUAUUAAUUAUAAAACUUUAGAAUCUUUGCCACAGAGAGUUGAAGACUUGAUAACUGAUGAUGAAGAUGAUUGGCCUGAUAUAAAUGUGAGUAACGAGGACUGGCAAGAAAUUGAUGACAUAUGCCUCUCAUUGUCUGAUAUGUCUUGUGAAGAUGAUGAACAUGCUAAAGAAGGCAAAACUAAAACUAGCAAUGAAAGCAAGAGGAAGAAAAAAACUGAAGCAAUUAAAAGGGUGAUGGAUAAAAAACCUAAACCUGACAAAGAAAGCUUUGCAUUGACUGCCCUCUAUAAAAGACUUCUGAACAGAGAAGAGCAGAAUGCUCAUAGAGCGGAAGCAGAUUGCUUUAUGUUAUUGUACUGUGUUGUGGCUAUGAAAAACGAAUUUCUGCCAUGGGCCGAUGAUUCCUGUAAAAAGCUGACUGAAAUUAGGCCCCUUGAAAGGUAUUAGAAUUAAGAUAUUAUGCUCUUUAAAAUAAGUAAUCAUGUAAACUAUAUUAUUAUCAAUUUUGCUACACAAAUUACAUAUUUUAUAAAUAAGUUUACUGUUUGCAAGGCAGGGUCUUGUUUUAUAGAUUUUUUAUUUGACUACCUAGUUUAAAUUAUGUAUGUUACAAUUGUUACAUACAUUUACUUGAUUAUUUUGUUGCAUGUUGACUGCCUCAGUGGCUAUAAGAAUGUUUAUUAAGUUACAGAAUAAUUUGUUUAUUAAAUUAUCAAUAAAUAUUAUUUUUGUCAGCAAAA